GAAGGUAAACGUUUCAGGAAUGUUCUGAGGGAGGGAUUCGGGAGCCUGGGAUAGGCCUAACUAUAUUUAAUUAAAAUAUAACAGCUUGAUACCAGAGUGAAAUUGCUGUAAAGCAUCGGUUCUAAACUCUUUGAACAACAGCAACUCUGUCUCAUGUGCUGCAUUUAAGGUGUUGUAGGAAUGCAGUUCUUUGGCCGUUUGGUAGAGUCACUGAAUACUGUGACUAACCUCUUUGCCAACCCUUACCGUGUACGGGAAGUGCCGCUGUCUGAGUAUGUGUCACGCAGCAGAGUUGUGGAGGAUGGACGAAUUAUGCUAUAUCGGACUGCCCAGUCUUGGGACUGCUUGCUAAUCAACCCCAAAACACCUCAGAAUGCUUUCAGGUUGUUCCAGGUGAGCUCUGAAGUGGAGGCAAAAACAAUGUUCGUACAGUUUGCAACGAAGAUAAGGCCAUUUUAUGAGAUCUCACCAGACUCACUGAAAGUUGACACUGUGCAACAGCUGACUGACUGUUUGCGAAGCCAUCCAAACUGGUCUUUGGCUCACGUAGCUGUAGAGAUGAGCAUGAAAGAGAGCUUUCGCCACAAUCAUAUUAUGUGCUGCAUAAAUGAUACGGAGAGCGAAGAGGGGAUGACCCCUCUGCAUCUUGCUUGCAAGAAGGAUGAUAUUGACUGCAUUCGCGAGCUGGUGGAUGGAUGUGGAGUCAGGUUGGACAUUGCUGACAAGAAUGGGGAAACUGUCUUCCACUAUGCGGCUCGUCAGUCUAACUGCCAGAUGAUUGAGUUGUUCAGCAAACACUGCUCUGUUGGAGUGAAUCACUUGAGCAAUAGUGGCGAGACAGCACUUCACAUCGCGUGCCGACUGGGAAAAACUGAUGUAGCUAAAUCCCUGCUCCAUUGCCAAGCCAGUUGUAAUAUUGUUGGAUCGAAUGGUUAUCCAAUCCAUACAGCCAUGAAGUUCGUCCAGGCAGGGUGUGCUGAGGCUAUCCUAGAAGCAGACCCAAGUCAAAUCUCAACUGAAGAUGCUCAUUAUGGAGGGACACCCCUUCAUUGGGCCAAGAAGCCAGAUAUGAUCCGACUGCUGAUUAACCAUGGAUGUGCCUUGAACUACCUAAGUAAAACAGGAGAGACACCAUUGCACAUCAUGGUGAAACGUGGACGUUUUGAGUGUGCCAUGGUUCUCUUAGUACAUGGAGCAGAUACAAAUGCAAAAGGCGAAAGUGGGAAUACUCCUCUUCAUCUUGCCAUGAAGCUAGAUAAUCUGGAUCUUAUCAAGGCUCUGAUCGUAUUUGGGUCUGAUGUGAAAUUGCCCAAUGAUUUCGGCGAGACACCUGGUUUAAUUGCUGCACGCCACAGUAAAGGCAAUAAUCGGAAGGUGAUGCUGAGCCUACUGUAUAGUAUAGGGGCUGAACGCUGUUAUCCGCCUUCUCCAGACUCCCCCACACCGUCACCCAGCCAUACUACAAGACCAGUCCCAGUGAAAACCAACCAUGGAUUAGGAUUCGAGGAUAUCUUGGGGAUUGCCACUGUAAUUGGUUCCUUAUCAAAAGGGCUAGAUGCUGCAGACGGUGAUGGAUAUGGGCACAGGAGAUUCGAUCGUUUGCUGUGUUUAGAUGGGGGUGGAAUUCGAGGCCUUGUCCUAAUUCAGCUGCUUAUUGCCAUUGAGCAGGUUGCUGGCCAGCCUGUCCGGGAGCUGUUUGAUUGGAUAUCGGGGACUAGCACUGGUGGAAUUCUAGCCCUCGCUAUUGUACAUGGCAAAUCCAUGCAAUAUCUGCGCUGCCUUUAUUUCCAGAUGAAAGACGAAGUGUUUAAAGGAUCCAGACCAUUUUCAUCAGUUCCACUGGAGGAGUUUCUGAAGAAGGAGUUUGGGGAAAAUACAAAAAUGACUGAUGUCACUAAACCAAAAGUGAUGGUGACUGGAACCCUGGCCGAUCGGCAUCCUGGAGAGCUUCAUCUGUUCCGUAACUACAACCCGCCAGAACCACUACAUGAUCCACCUUAUAUGAGGACAGCAGAGUUCCAGGCUGUCACCCAACCUAAAGACCAGUUGGUGUGGCGAGCCGCUCGAUGCAGUGGUGCAGCCCCUACUUACUUCCGACCCAUGGGCCGCUUCCUGGAUGGAGGGCUGCUUGCAAAUAAUCCAACGCUGGAUGCUCUGACCGAAAUCCAUGAAUACAAUCAGAACCUGAGGAGAAAAGGCAGAGAGAAUCAGGUGAAGAAGCUUGGUAUUGUUGUUUCACUUGGAACAGGAAAGCCGCCACAGGUACCUGUAACCUCUGUCGAUGUCUUUCGUCCCUCCAACCCCUGGGAACUGGCUAAAACCGUCUUUGGUGCCAGAGAGCUCGGCAAAAUGGUGGUUGACUGUUGCACUGAUGCUGAUGGUCGGGCCGUGGAUCGAGCCAGAGCCUGGUGUGAAAUGGUGGAUAUACCAUAUUUCAGGCUCAAUUCACAACUAAAGAUGGAUGUGAUGUUGGAUGAGAUUGACGACGCUAUUUUAAUCAACAUGCUUUGGGACACACAAAUCUACAUCCAUCAGGAGAGGGAGCGAAUUCAACAACUGGUUCAACUUCUGCUAAGUGCUUGACUUGGGAGAAGGGAAAGAGUAAACGGAAGGCUACACUAAUAAAGACUGACCAAGUUGGCUUUGUAAGCACCUACCUAACUACAGGAGGUGACUGAAUAUUAUUUUUAUUAGGAUUAAAAAUUAAACAAUGCUGCUUUGUGCUGUGCUACACCAAUUACGCUCCAAUUAUACAGCCAUACUGAGGCUGAUCCCAACAGCCUUCUGUUUUGUACAAAGAAAACCAAGCAAGAGAACAAAAGAAGAAAUCUUGGUUCAGAAUGUCCCCAUCCAUCAACGUCAAUACUUGCCAUUUCUCUUUAAAGAUGGUUACUCAUUCGCAUUUCACUUUUGAGAAAGAUGACUGUUAUCACAGUAAUGGCAAAUUCAUGGUUUGUGGAAGCUAGAAUCAGUCUGGAUGGGCUGAAUGGCCUUCACAUCCUCUUCUAUUCUUAUCAAAUUACCUGGUCCUGUUUUGAUUGCUUCUUAUUCAAACAAUGGUGGGUCAUUACAUUAGGAAUUGGCUGUGCAAACAUCAGUAGUGGUUCUCCAUAUUGGAGCGAUGGCUGGUUGUGAUCACUGUAAAUUGCAAAGUAUAGGGAUCAUAAGCAUUGUAACUGAGUGGAAUUAAACAUGUUUUAAUGUGUCUAGGUAUUUUCUUAUAUUGGCUUUAAUUGUGGAUUUAUCAGAGCUACCCAGCACCUGGAGCUGAUGAAUAGCCAAUGCAUCUGAGAUAGGUGGUCUUUUGAGGAAUGUAUUUAUUUUGUCUUAUGUAAUUUGUUGUUUCUAAGCCUCUGUGUGAUUUCAUAUUUCUUCCAAGUUGACAACAAAGAGCUGUUAAUAUAUGUUAGAAAGUAUGAACACAUUUGUGUGGACCAGUCCUCAUCACUUGCUGUGUGUGUGUGUGUGGUACAGUUUCCACAAGGCUUUAUAGUGCACUACCGUACCAUAGGAAUUCUCCAGCGUCAAUGAAUGAUGUAUUUGUGUGUGAUGAUGAUGAGUGGGAAAAAAAGGUUUUUGUUCUUUGUUGCAGGAGAGACUGAAUCAAGAGGAAUGGUUUUCACUGCGUCAUACUUCGUAUUUCACCCGCUCCCACCCCACUUUAGUUAACCCAGGAAACGGACAACCUGUUUUUCUAGACUUGAAUUUAUCUAAAAUAGUUGUUAGCAAGGGUUAAAGGUAGAAAUCAAUCAGAUGAAGCAUUAAAACGAAGGCCCUAUUUAUCCUGUCUGGGAAGCGUAAACAGAAUCUCAUGCUGCUGUUUAUGGGACGUUGUCGCAUACUACUUGGCUGCUGUCUCCCUUGCAUUACAGCAAUUGGCUAGACAGAAGAAAAGUUCAAAAACUAGACUGGCCACAAGGCACUAGGAGACGUUCUGAGGUCCAGAAAGGUGCUUUAUAAAUCUAGGUCUUUAUUUUUAACACCCGUGACCAAAUACAUGAUACAGUGCCUCACAGAGAAGGAAAUGUGAUGAACCAGGUGGACUUUCAUUGUAUUUUCAUCAUUUUCUUUUGUCCUGAAGUUGCCAAUUGAUAUUGAACUGACUGCCUUACUUAACAGUUAUGUUUUAAUUUAUUUAAGUUAUAAACUCUGUUUUGGUGAUUGUAUUUAAGAAUAUGUCAUGAUGAUUAGCUUGUUGAAGUGGAAAACCGAUAAACAAUUUUGAAGUGUGAGCAUCAAAACUUCAACUGAUGUUACAAUAUGAAGGAUUGAACUGUACUACAGUAUGCCUCAGUUAUCUGUAAUUAUGCAAUUCUGACUUGAUUUUCAUUAACAAUGUAAUUAUAA